AGGAGCGGCUGGCAGGAGCAGCUACUGAAAGAAACACACUCCGGGGAGGACAGUGCGUGUCCCGUUCAAAAAGAAGACGGCAGCGGUGAAGAUUUCGUUUUGCCUGGCAGUUUAUAGGCGCUUUUCUUUCUUCAUUGCAGCAUUUGUCUGGCUGGGCUCGGUGCGCUACGUAUGACUUCUCAGCAAGCGUGUGACUGCUGCUGAUUUUUCGUGUAGAGAGUGCUCGGGAUGCGUUUAGAUGUGGUUUUAAAGAAGUAAGGUGCGUUGGCAGAUUUUCUCCCGGUUAACAGCAAUUUUACAAACCGCAGCGUGCUGGCCCUCCGGAUUCUCGGCAAGAACUCCGUUUGCAAUAGGAAGUUGAACACGGAAGCUUCAAAAGAGUUUUUGCCCCCCCUUCCUCCAACUGCGAGGUACGCACAGAAGAAAGCCUAUCUUUUCUCUGGGCAAUAAUGCUUGCAGACGGGAAAAGGUGUUAAGUUCUGGGCUGCCUGUGUUCAGACGGGUACGUUGAACGCGCCUCCUUUCAUACGUGGCGGAGUCUUCUAAAAAGCCAAGCGAAGCGUGCUCGAUCGCCUCAGAACAUGGGUCAUCACGACCAUAUGUUUAAAGUGCUAGUUAUUGGGGAUGCCACAGUUGGGAAGACGUCGCUGGUGCAGCGGUAUGCUAACGAUAGUUUCAACAAGCAUUAUAAAUCUACCGUGGGAGUGGACUUUGCUCUGAAGGUGGUUCAGUGGUCUGAGACCGAAACCGUGAGGCUACAGCUAUGGGACAUCGCAGGUCAAGAGCGUUUCACAUCCAUGACUCGGCUGUACUACAGAGAGGCAUCAGCCUGCAUUAUUAUGUUUGAUGUCACCAGCAUUAGCACCUUUAUCAACUGCCAGAAGUGGAAGCAGGAUUUGGACAGCAAGCUAAAGCUACCGGAUGGAAACCCUGUCCCUUGCUUGCUGCUGGCUAAUAAAUGUGACCUUUCCCCAUGGGCUGUGACCAGGGAAGAAGUUGAUCGCUUCAGUAAGGAGAAUGCUUUUACUGGUUGGACUGAAACAUCUGUCAAGGAAAACAAAAAUGUACAUGAGUCUAUGAGAGUCCUUAUUGAGAAGAUGAUGACUAUGUCAUUGAAUGAUGGAGACUCCUCUAUUCCAGGCCAUGGAGACUACAUCAACCUGAAGGAUGCAUCCACACCUAACUGGGGAUGUUGCUAGCACACAUUCAACAGCAACAGAUCAGGAAGCAGCAGUGUCUUUCAAAUAAGUACUGGCUUAUUAAGAAUGGCAGUGAAUAAUCUCCCUGCAUUGCUUCAACAUUAGGGGUAACUGAAACUACUGCUUUCAAUGUUAGGAGCCACAAAGUGUUGACUUUUGCCAUUCUAUUCAUCAUCGACGUUUGGAUAGCCUCUGGAAUGAAGGAUCUUCUACUUGCUGCAACCCACUGCAGAUCAGGGAAAGUCUCCAUCUUCGUUGCUUCAGUGUCGGUUCAGGAAGAAUGGCAAAAUAAACCUUCCCUUGCUAGGAAGGGAGAGCCAAAGCAACCUGGUUGUACCUGUCUUGUGCAUAUAUUCUGCAUUUGCUCGUCCUUGGGAACAGAUUCCCCUUCAUUCCUCAUCUGUGGAAACAUGCUUUGGACUGAUUUUUCUUUCAUCUGACACAGCUGCAGAAUGGUUUUACAGUAACUCUUGUUGUGGUACAAUGUUUGUCUUGAGAAGCUUUUAUGCAAUUUGGCUGACAGCAGCAUUUAAGCAGAAGAAAGAAUACAAUGAACUCAGGGCCUUUUUGUCCCUAUUCUUAUGUGCAGUGCAAAAUUUUUAAAGGCCUUUUGGUGAGGUCAUUUUAUUAGAGCACCUAGGGAUGAAUUGAAGCAGAAGCUGUAAAUGGUUGAGGCAAAGGGUACAAAUGGCAUUGAUGCCUUAUUAGUGCACCAGCAGUAUUCUUUGUUUUUAUAGCACUUUCUCUUCCAGGAACUCAUUUGCCUUUUCAGAUUCUGAUGAAUUACUUCCCUCUGGCUAUCCUACUGUGGUAAGUAUUGGCAGCUAUAGCUGUCUGAAAGCCCACCUACUGGUUUUUGUCAUUUUAGAAGACAAACACACAAUACUGGUCACAGUGGGACAAGAAAUAAGUUAAAUCUUUCUGUGCUCUUUUGGUAUGUGAUAACCUUAAAUAUAAUUAUAUGAUGUUUAUUGUAUAAAAUUAUAACUUUAAAGCUUUUUUAUUGGUCUAUUUAAUUAAUAAUUCAGGAAGCUUGGAGUUAACAAAUGUUAAGAUGUAUUGAAACACAUAUGAGUGAAUAUUUAGACUUUGUUUAGGAAGGAACAUGUUUAUUCAUCUACUUAAUUUUUUUUUAUCAAUUUGUGUCCACAGCAUAGGUAAUUUAUGAACUAUAUGUUAAGACUGUUGAAAGGCUGGUACAUUUUGACCUUAAUGGAUUUCUCUGGUGCUAUUUGCAUAUUAUCUCAACAAAUAUAAAGGGUUCUUAAAUACAUACCUUUCUAACAAGUGCAUUUGUACACACAGUAUUUUUUAUAAGUUAUGUUAACGCUGCCUCUGAUGUAAAACUUUUAUGCCAUUUUCUGAAGUAACUUGAAAACAGUUGCAGAAAUGGGAUCAAGAUGCAGUUGCAAUUUUCUGUUCCAUAAGGAAUAUCUGCAUUUCUUCUUGGAGAUUGUUGUAAGCUUUCCAUUAAUUUGUAGGAAAAAGGUACCUGAUGUAAGGUUCUUAAAGAAACUACUCUGAGCUCAUGAAUUUGCUGUUCUUUACAUUUAAACAAACAACAAAUGUAUAAGCUCAAAACAGUUCCUUUUAGAAUUUGAACUUUCUCCUGCUGUCUCAAAUUGCUUGUAAUCCAGACACGGCAGGGGGUUAAGUUCUGUUUGUAUGGUAUCCCUUUGCCCAAAUGGUUUGUUGUUGCUGAUCUAAAAAGGAUAUGCAGUAGACAUUCUCCCCCAAUUCAGCAUGUAAUGGUAUAGGAUUUCCACAAUUACAUCUUUGAUUCUUUUAGCACAUGAUACUCUGGCAUCUCUAUUGCAGCAAUUAGUGGGAUUGCUUUGACUGAAGUGUAGGCAAUAUGUAUUUUAGAGGUCUUGAAUGUGGCAGAUAUCCAACAGAUAAAACUUAGUCUUUGAUAGACAACUGCUCAGUUAAAUCAGAUUUAUGUUGUGCAGUAAUUAAGCUCGAACUACCAGAAUCUUCAUGGCUCUUUUAAAAAAAUUAAACUGCAUUCUAUCAAUAUUAAAACUUCCCCUAAGCAACUGGUAGUUGUGCAGCUUCUCACAUUUAUAUUAAUAGUAUUUUGAAUGUGAAAGUAUCUCUUUUUAUGCCUCAGUGACAACAGUGCUUUUAACUGUAUCAAUCAAAACGCAGUAUUGGAAUUAGACCUGAAAUAAAAUGUAUAACCUUGUUUGUUCAA